AUGCUACAACCAAGUCACUACGCCUCCAAACAGACUCACCAGACAUCUGCAAAAACUAGCAACGCUCGCCCCGCAACCCCCGGAUCUAACAUCAUGCGACACCUGGACAUCACACCCAAGGCUUUGGCCCAGUCCAAAAAAGUAGCCAACAGCCGAACUGGCGGACCUGGCUCGUCUGACCGAAAACGUCGGGCAUCCUCCUCAUCUGUCUCAAGCGUCUCAAGCGUCUCCUCCCUCGAGGAUUUGAGCGAGGAGGCGGACGAAUCCGAAGACGAUGCGGAUGACGAGGAGGACAGGCCGUUGGCCCUGUCUUAUGGCCGCCGUCACCCAACCACUUCCCGUAAGACGGGGCGUCAACCCGCAAAAAAGAAGCGCAGACGAGCUUCCGAUGACGAAUAUGACUUUGGGAGUGAUGGCAGUGACUCCAUCGAUAGCUCUGACGACAUUUACGCCGGCGUGGACUACAUUAGCGACGGCGACGAUGAACAAGACAUGGAGAAGCUAGAGGAGAUGAUGAUUUUGGAUGAAUCUGAGCACCGCAUUCUGCCACCAUCCGAAUCCAAUGAUAGCCAGUGGCACAGCAGCGAGAUAUUCGGAGACUCUAUGCUUCUCCCGGCUGCCUCCUUCUUCGACGAGGAGCAGCUCUACACGGCCAUGGACACCUUUGGAGAGACCGACAUGGCCAGCGAAGCCGUGGAAACGCCAGUCGCUAGGCGUGUGCACUUCGAGGAGCGAUCGGAUUCCUCCUCCGACAGCGAGUCGCACACCGACGAUGAGAUCUCGGGCGACUUUCUUCAGCAGGAUUCUCUGGAUCCGCAGUUGCGCCGGAUGAUCGAGAACGACCAUGAACAUCACCGUAGCAAUCGCCGACAGUCCGAAGAGAUGUAUGGUGAUGCUGACUAUGGCCAUGGCAACAUUUACCACGUCGAGUCCGAAGGAACAUCUGAGGGUAGCCUCAGCGGUUACGAGACCGACGAUGGAGAUACCACCGACGAGGACUUGCCCCCGCCAGCAACCAUCACCCACCCCCGAUCCCUACUCCGCCGUGACUCGACCGAUUCUUUGACCGUCACCGGGGAUGACAAGCCCGACAGCAUCCCCCGUCGCCGAGGCCCCAUCAUGGGAACUUUCGUGGCUGAUCCUCACAAACCCGUUGCCCUGGUCGAUUGCACCGGCAAGCACCUUGUCAUCAUCCCUGCCUAUGCCUCUUCACGUCACGACUGGCUUGAGUCCGCUGCGAAUAGUGUUCCCGGAACUGCCAACAAUAGCCCUCGCCAGACCACUCUGCAUUUGGUUGAUGAGAGCGAUACGGAUGCCAUGACCUCUCCGAACCAGACAGACUUCAGCCCCAUGCUUGCUUCCAGCGCGAACCUGAUGAUGACCGCUCUUGGAAAUGACCUUACUCCUGGCGGCCAAGAUGACGAUGAGGAUGAUCCCGAGUCUGCCCUUAAUGUUGACGAUUUCAUCGACUUCGGCGAUGGUUCUUCUGACGAGGACGAACAAGAAGAACAAGAGCAAGAUAUGGGCAAGGCUUUCGAUGACGAUACUCUUAUUUCCCCAAUGGCCACCGGAUCUACAAUGCAGCCCAUGGGCACACCAACGCCAACCCGCAAGAACUCCGAACAGCACGACAGCAAUGCGGAGCGUUUCCUGAAUCACCUGGACAAGGGUAUUGUUACUGCAUUCCGGCGCAACCAUAACCGCUACCAGGCCCUUCUCCGUCUGCCUCAGCAUCGCGAAUUUAUGCCUGCCAACUCUCCCGCCCGGCCUGCCAGUGUCUUUAGACACGCUAAGGCCACCGACCAGCGUACCCCAACUGAGAAAGCGCAAGUCUCAGCGGCUACGCCGGCGGCGAGGCCGUGCGACGCAAGCUUAUGGAUGCCCAGCGCCGCACCCAAUCCCAAGUUCCUCUCUAAGAAACUUGCAUCCUGA